AUGUCAGUUCCUGUCCAACCUAUCUUAAGUUUCCCUUCCCAGCAAGAAUUAGAUGACUCCUCACUAGAAUUUCUUGAUGAAGGAGGCUUCCACUACCUGUUCACAUCCCUGUCAAAUGUCACUCAUCACCCGUUCCUUAUCCCAGGUCCCCCGGACUCUUCCAAUAGUGAUGCUAUAGUCCUGCAUCAAUUCCCUGGACCCCUGGAGAUUCCCCACAAUACCUUGGAAGCGUCCACCAGGUCUUACCAUGUUGCUCCUGCACAGGUAUUCCCGUCCUCAUCACCUAUGAAUGUCUCAUCCUCCCCAAACCCUGAAAGUCCCACCGCUGCAUCUACUGACUCUCCCAGCAUGCUGCCGCUUGCCUCUGAUAUCUCCAACAAUGGUAGCCUCAAUCACGCUCCCAAUCUACAACUCCUAGCUAAUGUCAGUGAGUAUGUCACAGCAUCAGAAGGAUACAGCAGCAAUCCCCAGGAGUUUGUGGUCUAUAGCAAUGACGUAAUCCAAUGCCCCUCCAAUGACAUUACCUGGUCUUGGCAAUCAAUCUCCUUCGACACCUCCACCCCUAUUCAAGAUGUCUAUCCCCUGGAACAUGUACUACCUCACUUCCCUGGAGCCUAUGCCAACUUCAUUACACAACCUCCUAUGGGCGUUCCCAUUGAUGGCAAUCCGGUGUUUAGAUUACAACAAGUAUCGACAACCACAGCAGCCACACUCCAUACUACUGAACCUGUAGGGAACUGGAAUUCCUCCGACAAGGAAUGGGAGGAGGACACUUGGGAAUAUCUGCUGACAUGA